GCUAGCGGCCGCGAGGCCGCGCUCGGGGUCCGGUGGCUCAGCGUCCCCGCGGCCUGAGGCGUCAGCUGCGUGGGCGCUCACGCAGGGCGGGUCGCGCGGCGCGGGCCGAGAGGGAAGUCGUGACGGCGGCGUCGGGAACAGCAGCGGCGGCGGCGGCGGCGGCGGUGGGAGCGUGGUGCUGACAGGCCGUGGGAGAAAUGGGAGACCCAGGGCCGGAGAUAAUAGAAUCUGUCCCACCAGCUGAGCCUGAGGCAUCUGAGUCAACAACGGAUGAAAACGAAGAUGACAUUCAGUUUGUUAGUGAAGGACCAUUAAGACCUGUUCUUGAAUAUAUUGAUCUGGUCAGCAGUGACGAUGAAGAGCCUAGUACCUCUCAUAGCGAUGAGAAUUUUAAACGCAAAGACUAUAUAGACCACCAGAAGGAUAAAGUUGCUUUAACAUUGGCUCGCCUCGCCCGCCAUGUUGAAGUGGAAAAACAACAAAAAGAAGAGAAGAACAGGGCAUUCAGGGAAAAAAUUGAUUUUCAGCACGCUCAUGGUUUACAAGAAUUGGAAUUUAUUCAAGGACAUUCAGAAACAGAAGCAGCAAGACAGUGUGUGGACCAGUGGCUAAAAAUGUCAGGACUCAAAACAAAUGCAGUUAAUUCUGGAGCAAGAAAUUCAUUCCGAAGGGGAGGCAGAAUGUGGCGGUCUGAGAAGCCAAUUUUGUGUCCUAUAAUGAACUGUAACAAGGAAUUUGACAAUGGCCACCUUCUUUUGGGGCAUUUGAAAAGGUUUGAUCACUCCCCAUGUGAUCCAACAAUUACAUUACGUGGAGCUCUCGCCAAUUCCUUUGUAUGUGUGGUAUGCUAUGAACAUUUUGUUACUCAACAGCAGUAUAGAGAUCACCUUCUUGCUAAGGUAGCUGCAGCUGAUGGACAUAGCAAAAGCCUUCUUCCUCAGAUUAUUCAAUGUUUUGCUUGUCCUCAUUGCUUUCUUCUGUUUAGCACCAAGGAUGAGUGUUUGAAGCAUAUGUCUUCAAAGAAUCAUUUCCAUCAGAGUUUUAAACUGGGUGAUGAUAAGGGAACAGCACAUCCAAUCUCAUUUCCAUCUUUUGCAAAGAAACUUUUGGUUUCUCUGUGUAAAGAUGUUCCAUUUCAAGUUAAGUGUGUGGCCUGCCACCAGACUCUGCGUUCCCACAUGGAGCUCACUGCCCAUUUCAGGGUUCGUUGUCAAAAUGCUGGACCUGUAGCUAUAGCUGAGAAAAGCAUUACUCAGGUUGCAGAAGAAUUCAUAGUAAGAGGUUAUUGUUCAGAUUGCAACCAGGUCUUUGUGGAUGAAACCAGCACCCAAAGUCACAAAAAUUCAGGACACAAAAUUAUUCUUGCUAAUUCAGUGGAAGAGGCAGUCUUACUUUAUUGCCAUAUCAGUGAAGGGAGUAAAACUCCUUGUGAUUUGCAUUUAUUCAGUCAACCAAAAAUUUCAUCACUUAAACGAAUUAUGUCUAUUAAAGAGUCCAGCGCAGAGGAUUGUGUCAUUCCAAAAAAGAAGAUGAAUUUCGGAGUGGAAAGCCGUGGAGGAGGUACAUGUUGUGUGCAGAGACAGAGUUCAACAGUUACAGCCUGGUUCUGUGAAUGCAGUCGGCGCUUUCCAAGUGAAGAUGCAGUGGAAAAGCAUGUCUUCUCAGCAAAUACAAUGUGUUACAAGUGUGUAGUCUGUGGAAAGGUUUGUGAAGAUUCAGGAGUCAUGCGUUUGCAUAUGAGCCGGUUUCAUGGAGGGGCACAUUUAAAUAACUUUCUAUUUUGGUGUCGGACAUGCAAAAAGGAGUUAAUAAAGAAAGAUGCCAUUAUGGCACAUGUUACUGAGCUUCAUAAUGGGCAUAGAUAUUUUUAUGAGAUGGAUGAAGUAGAAGACAAGGCCUCGCCAUCCUCUUCUGUGGUGAGUCAUUUGAACACAAACAAACCACCUUCACCCAUUACUGCAGACCAUUGCCUGACAAACAGUCCACCAAGGGGCAGGUGGCAGUGCCGAAUUUGUGAAGAGAUGUUUGACUCCCAGGAAUGUGUAAAGCAACACUGCAUGUCCCUGACAAGCCACCAGUUUCAUAGAUACAGCUGCACCCAUUGCAGGAAGACAUUUCAUAAGAUAGAAACAUUGUACCGACACUGCCAAGACGAGCAUGACAAUGACAUCAAGAUUAAGUACUUCUGUGGGCUUUGUGAUCUUACUUUUAAUAAGGAAGAAGCAUUUCUGAGUCAUUAUAAGGAGCACCACAGCAUGGAUUAUGUGUUUGUAUCAGAAAAAACUAAAACCUCCAUUAAAACUGAGGAUGAUUUUAAAAUAAUAGAGACCAGUAAUUUGUUAAGCUGUGGUUGUCAUGAGAGUUACAUCUGUAAAGUCAACAGAAAGGAAGAUUACGAUAGAUGUCUUCAAAUCAUGCUAGAGAAAGGUAAACUGUGGUUUCGCUGCAGUUCAUGUUUAGCGACAGCACAGAAUUUAGCCGACAUUAAUGCUCACGUCCACCAGGUGCACAGUAGAGAAGGAAGUGAUGAGGAACCGCAGCAUGUGAUCAUGUGUGGCACCUGCACCAAGGCGUUCCAUAACACCGAGAGUGCUCAGCAGCACUUCCACAAAAAGCACGGGGCCAUCCAGAAACCCAGUGCGGCUCCCGGCGGACCUGACAGAGGGAGCACAUUCAAGUUUGCUGCCAGUGUCUCACAUACCGAGAAAAAACUGAAACAGACUAACUAUCAGAAACAUUCGGAUGUGGAGAAAGGAGCUGAGCAUGACAUAAGCUGCCAGAAUAUAGAGGAGGAAGUUGAGCUUCCAGAUGUGGACUACCUGCGAACCAUGACUCAUAUAGUCUUUGUAGAUUUUGAUAACUGGUCGAACUUUUUUGGUCAUCUACCUGGACAUCUUAAUCAAGGAACGUUUAUUUGGGGCUUUCAAGGAGGAAACACAAAUUGGAAGCCUCCAGUCAGCUGUAAGGUCUAUAAUUACUUGAACAGGAUUGGAUGUUUCUUUCUUCAUCCUCGCUGUAGUAAAAGAAAAGAUGCUGCUGAUUUUGCCAUAUGUAUGCAUGCUGGCCGUCUAGAUGAACAACUGCCCAAGCAAAUUCCUUUCACCAUCCUCUCGGGAGAUCAAGGUUUUCUGGAGCUAGAGAAUCAAUUUAAGAAGACUCAGAGGCCAGCUCAUAUACUAAACCCUCACCAUUUAGAGGGCGACAUGAUGUGUGCCUUGUUAAAUAGCAUAUCUGAUACUACCAAAGAGUGUGACAGUGAUGACAGCACCGGUGUGAAAAGCACUCCAGUAGAGGAGCUCAGGUCCACAGAGGAUGUGGAAUUAGAAGAAGCUAUUAGAAGAAGUCUUGAGGAAAUGUGAUAAACGAUAUUACCACACAACAUCAAGUGGCCUUGAAGAGACUCAGGAAAAUGAACUCUUGACUUUGUUUUCUAAAGGAGACCAGAAAUCUGCUAGGAUAAAUGUAUCUAAAAAUAUGUUUAAUUCUUUCCUAUGUUCAGAAUCUCGUAUUUGCUGUGUUUUUUGUGCUGUUGGUUAAAAAUGAUUGAAAGGAAAAAAAUACAUGCCAAUGGAAACAUAAAUCAUAUUCUAAUAAUGGUGUCACAGUUUUCCAGCUAACUUAGAAUUCAUGUAUUUAGGUUAAAAUCAUUUUUUUAAAGGAAAAAACGUGUAAAGCUCUUGAUUGUUGUAUGUUUUCCCUGUAGUAUUACUUCUUUAGCUUAUUUGUACUGUAUAAAUGGCUCUAUAUUAUUUUUUUUAGGAAUGAAAAAUAAAAAUAAAAGGUGUCAUGACCCAGUUUUUUUCAGAAACGUUGUGUUAUGUGAGCCUAAUGUAUCAUAUACCUUUGAGAUUGUUAUUUAUGAUUAUUGGAAGAGGGUAGUGGAAACUGAUCAUAGACACACAUGAAAAGCCAUCGAGGUUCUGUGUGUUAUCACGCAGCUGUAUACUUGCUCUGACUAGAGUUGCACAUAGCUACAAUAAAAACAUCUUCAAAACAACUAAAAUGAAACUUACUAUCCCUUUCAGCCUUCUGUAUGACUUGGAAUA